UUUGUAUCUGACUUGAUGUCCAAUAGCAUGAAAACACUGUAGACAGCCUGAGCUCUGCUAACCUGAAACGCCAUCUUAAACAGAAAGGGGGGUUUAAACCGGGAGAAAACAGGAAAAGGGGGGGCUCUGAAGAAGAUAACCCGUUAUUUCUGACUGUUUUUAAACCCUCUGGUCGCUCUGGAGUAGUACUGGUCAUGGAGUUGGGCUUUUAUUACGCGAAGUAAAGGCGCAUACGCGAGGAAAUUGUCAGGGAGCUGGUUAGCAUCUAGCUAGCUAGCAAGGGGGAGGGGGUUCGAGGAUAUUUUUUUUCCCGCAGCCGAAGUAGUUUGUUUAUGUUAUUCCAGACGGACAUGUCAUCUUCAAACGCAGAGUUGCCAGACCCAAACCUGGGUAUGGGGGCGAGUGGGACCCAAGCAAGUGGCGGGGCCGUCGCACCAAAAGGGACCAACAAAAGACGAGCAGCGCCAGAUUUCGAUGAUGAUGAAGGAAGCAAGUUGUUCAGGUGUGACGAUGAAACAGGAGGCUCCAAUGACAAAGAGCGCUUUGCCAGGGAGAACCACAGUGAGAUUGAGAGGCGGAGGCGGAACAAGAUGACUGCCUACAUCACAGAAUUGUCAGACAUGGUGCCCACAUGCAGCGCACUAGCACGGAAACCGGACAAACUAACCAUUCUACGAAUGGCUGUGUCCCACAUGAAGUCUCUGAGGGGGAGUGGAAACACCAAUGCAGAUGGGUCAUACAAGCCUUCGUUUCUCACUGACCAGGAGCUGAAGCACCUCAUCCUGGAGGCAGCUGAUGGCUUCCUGUUCGUGGUGUCAUGUGAGACCGGCCGCAUUGUUUACGUCUCCGACUCUCUGACACCUGUCCUCAACCAGUCACAGUCUGAAUGGCUCGGCUCCUCCCUUUACGAUCAGCUCCACCCAGAUGACACAGAAAAACUGAGGGAGCAGCUCUCUACAGCUGAGAAUAACAACACAGGGAGGAUGUUGGAUUUGAAGACAGGAACAGUGAAGAAGGAAAGCCAGCAGUCCUCAGCCAGAAUGACUAUGGGAGCUCGUCGUUCUUUCAUCUGCAGAAUGAGGUGUGGCACAUGUCCGGUGGAACCGUUGUCGAUGAACAGACUGAACUUCCUUAGGAAUAGAAACAGGAAUGGUUUGGGUACAGCAAAGGAAGGAGAACCCCAGUACGUAGUGGUUCACUGUACAGGAUACAUAAAGUCCUGGCCCCCUGCAGGAGUAUCGUUAACGGAUCAUGAAGCAGACAACACUCAGAGUCGCUACUGUCUAGUUGCCAUUGGGAGAUUACAGGUGACUUGUUGCCCAGGUGACACAGACAUGAACAGUAUCAGUGUUCCAGUGGAGUUCAUCUCACGCCAUAACUGCCAGGGCAUGUUCACCUUUGUCGACCACCGCUGCAUGGCUGCUGUCGGCUACCAGCCCCAGGAAUUAUUGGGGAAGAAUAUUCUAGAGCUCGCUCACCCAGAAGACCAAGGCUUACUGAGAGACAGCUUCCAGCAGGUGGUGAAGCUGAAGGGCCAGGUUCUGUCUGUGAUGUUCCGGUUCCGCUCCAAAUCACGAGAAUGGAUCUGGAUGAGAACCAGCUCCUUCACCUUCCAGAACCCGUUUUCAGAGGAGAUCGAGUAUAUCAUCUGUACCAAUGUCAAUGUCAAAAACUCAACUCAGGAUCCCCUCACCCCCAUCUCCUCCCCAGGGGGGUCGCUGCCCCCCUCCCUGGGUCAGGGCAGCCCAAACGGCCCUCCUGUGGUGCUCAGCCCGGGGCAGGUGGCCACCAGGCAGCUGCAGCAGCAGCAGCAGGCGGAGCUGGAUGGAGGUGGAGCACGAGACUCUUCUCUGUACGAGGCAGGACCAAUCACCCUCUCACAGAUGCCAGUGCAGCCAGUGACAGCGGCAGGACCGGACCACAGCAAGAGCCUUGAGAAGCCAGAGCUCUACCCCUCCCUUUUCCAAGGCCCAGAUCAGACCAAGGGCAUGCCCUCCACCUCCACUCCCCCCACCCAGAUCUACCCUCAAGCCAACAACUUCAACGCUGGUCGCUCCAAUGACACAUACAGGCCAGUCAACAUGGCUCCGCAGAUGGCACAGCCAACCCACUCAGCGGGACAGAUGCUGGCUCAGAUGUCUCGUCAGAACGGAGCCCCACAGUCUGUUACCCCUGCCAGCACUGGCAGCCCCCUCCAUGGAGGACCAGCAGGAGGAUGGCCUGGGCCCGGAGCUGUACCAGGAGCUAGACCACAAUUUAAUAACCAGCAGGUGGCUCCUCAGGCAGCAAAGACCAUGUCUCCACCGUUUGCUUCCGUGGGAGGAUUUGGAGGCGGCUCUUCCACCUCUUUUGGCCAGAUGCCCACAGGUGCUGCUCCAACCCCGAACAACGGUGCAAACUACCCGCCCAUUAAUGCGCGUGCCAGUCUAAACACCAAUGGUUAUGAUGGCUCUCAGUCUGCGGCACAGUUCCCGUCUCGAGCAGCAGAGGCAGUGUGGCCUCAGUGGCAAGGCCAGCAGAAUAACGCAGAACAGCAUCCUCACGCUCAAGGCAACCAGCAAGACAUGUUCCCUGAUGUGUUGUCUAUGCUGGACCAGCCCGCCAACUUCAACAGCGAUGACUUUGAGAUUCCCAUCUACCCUUCGUUCAGCGAGUGACCUCUCUGCUGGUCUACCCCUUUGUCUUCUUGACUUUUAACUCUGUCUGUCUUCAUAUUUAGCUCUCCUGCUCCUCUUUUCAUUCGCCCUUUCCUGCUCCUGAGAGUAGCACUCUUCCUUUGCUUUGCAUGGCUUAAAUUGCACUGCCACAAGCCAGCUAAAGACGGAGGGAAAUAUCUGACUGCAGAUAUAAAGGGGAGGAAAAUCAAGGAAUUGCUACUGAGUAAAAGAGAGGACUAUUUUAACAAUAUUCCAGCCAUUGUAAGAGGAUUCUCUAGCUAGCACUGCCCAAAGCUCAACAACCUAUGUUGUAGAUAUGUGAUAUAUAUAUAUAAAUAUAUAUAUAUCUAUAUAUAAAUAUAUAAAAACGCACAAUCACACUUGAAUAGACUGCACAAAAACACUCUGGUAAACAUACAGGAAGUGAAUUCACACAGACACACAAACACAAAGGCCUUUUAUUCUCUUAUAUUCCUGGUUUUUCUCAGGCAUUGAUGAAGAGUGUGUUUUGCUGUUUUUACCCUAUAGCAUGUAGACUAAUCACUCCAAUCGUUUAUUUAAACUCUCAGGAAAUUGCAGGGAUUUACAGCUUUGGUGAUUUUUGUUUUAAAUUCUCAGCUGUUGCACACACACACACACACACACACCACCACCACCACCACCACUGUCUGUGCUAACCUCACUCACAGUUUUAGAUCAUGUCUCUGCAUGUCAGCACUGCUUUCAUGGAGCGCUUCGACAUUAUGUAGAUUUAUACUGAGUACAGUUUUCUGUGUACGUUGGUGGCUUCACCUAUAAAUUUAAUCCUUUUGUUUUUCCCUUCUGAGGAAGAUGUAAGUUCAUUGAAUGAUGUACUUUAACAGCACAGACACACAGUGUCACAAUGGCUACAAACUGUUUGUCCAGGUGCCCUUUGAAAAUGUAUUCAAUCUAUUUUUCUUUUGCCUACAUAUACAGUACAUAUAUACAGUAUGCAUGUGUGUAUGUAUGUAUGUCAAAUGGAUGCAUACCGCAGUAUCAUUAUCAAUUUUAACAGUUGUAGGGUUUCCGACUUGCUUGAUAUUCUUCUUUCUGUCGCCCUGCAUUACCCUGUACUAAGUAUGGGUUGAGUUUUGUACUCCUUUUUGUAAAAAUAAAUAUUAAAAAAAAGAAAUCACACAGCAAUAAUUAACAAGCAGGAAUUGUGUACUUUUAAAGCCAUUCUUUAUUGUUGUCAUAAAUGUUUUCAUUGAUUAAUGUUAUUUUAAAAUGGAGAUACGUGGUAGUAAUGCUUGAUAUAAUUGAAUUAUUUCCCAAGUAAUGUGUUAUAGUUAUUUGAAACUUUUGAUCUUUUGACUUUUCCAUUGCCCUUUUCUGAUUUGGUAUUGUAUUAAACGGUUUGAUCAGGGUAUCCGGGAUAAAAAUGGAAUAAACAGAGCUAAAAGCAAGAUGAUCUGCUAGCGAGAAUGUCCAAAAAUAGUUUUUGUCCUCUUGUUUAUGACAAAACACUUGGACUUGGACUGAGUCUUUGCCAACACGAUCCAACAACCUGUGUUUUACAAUCAGUUUGUAUUAUAGAAGAAUGUCGUGGGAUGAAAGAUGAUGCUUCUACAAAAUAUUUUAUUUUAAAUGUGUGGAAUUAGUUUAAAUUGGACCCAUUUUUUAUUGCAAUUGUCUAUUGUCUGUGUGUAACACACUUAUGGUGUAUGUAAACCCAUGUUGAUAAUUGUCAAGUUUCCAUUUCCAAAAGGAUGGUAUGUUGGUGACUAUGUUGUCUUUGUUAUUGUUGAAAACCUCUUUGGUUGCUCAGUAUCCAGGUUUUUUCAAUGAUGUGAACUUUUAUCAGUCAUAGAAACACAAAUAUAUAAAUAUACUGUAUAUGUAUAUGAAAUGUUAAACGAGAGACAGAAAUGUUUGGUUUUUGUAUUAAAUUGUUAUAUUGUCAAAAAUGAA